AUGGGGUCGACACCGAUCAAGAAGCCUCGCACCGGGGCUUCUCCUCCCAGGAGAUUCGAGAUGAUGAGCGAUACCAUGUUUCCCUUAUCCACCAAGGCAUCGCUUCAGGUAAACCGCGAGGAUGCAGUCUCCCCUCUGUUCUUUUCUCACGCGCCUGCGAGGCACUUCUCCCGCCCUCAUAGCGUCCCUGUUUCGGAUGUAGCCUCUGCUAUUCUAGCACACGCUCGCAAUGACGACGCAGAGGCCGUCACGACGCUCAAGCUCCCCAGAGCAAGUGUCAGUUCCACAAACGCUGCUCUUUCUGGUAGCACGCCGUCAUCCCUGGAUAUGUCUGCACCGUCCCUGAGUCCCGACAUGCGCAGCCUGCCCCCUAGCUUGCAAAUGCUUCAGGGUGUCGGCGUUCUUGAGCUUCUCGAGCACGACGAUAGGCCCACGUUCCUGGUAGAUCUAGCAAACCCAGCAAAUACCAAUCGGCCCGGCUUGCUUAUCGUGUACUACAAUGCCUCUCUGCGAGCGGCCGAGUCUAUCCACAGCCUUCUAAGCCCUGACCAAGAAGACCCUGCUACUCCCGACCCCAUGAAUGAUUUCAACGACUUCAAAUCCUGGGUUUUGGCUAAUGGUGUCGAUUCCCUCGAUUCCCCUUCGUCGACGUACGAAUACCGGGGGAUUACGUGGGUGAGCACAACCUUAAGGCGUCGAUUUCGGUUCAUCAGUGGGAAUAUUACCUAUCACGCCACUCACCCAGUCUCACCAAUGCGCAUGAUGGAUGAGGAAGAAGAAGAGGAGGAGGAGGCGCCCAUGUCGGGACAAGAUGGUUGUGGCGACUGUCUGUCAACUCCAGUUACACCAGCUGGUGACAUUCCCGAGCCUCAAGAUUACUUCGGUGCCAUUACUGCGAAGCAAUCGAUUGAACCCAUGGACACAACCGAUAUAACUCCCGCAACAGGAACUAUAGAGCCAAUCUAUGAUGUUAACCGACGCCAUCCAGAUGACUUCACCAACCAAGUACUGCAGUCACAGCCUGUGAGAUCAACUUUCGACUGGACCAGGAUUCCAUACAGUGACAAUCUGCCUGAGCACAUCAAAUUAGCAAAGUCAGUGGAUUGGGCCUCUACGCCUCUCGGGCCCAUGAGUGAAUGGCCUUACAAUCUGAGAGCCGUGGCAAAUAUGGUCAUGGGGAGUCCCAAUCCGGCUGCCAUGUAUUGGGGCCGUGAAUAUGUCAGCAUAUACAACGCCGCAUAUGUGGCAUUGGCGGGUAGCAAACACCCAUCCCUCAUGGGCAAGCGGUAUGCGGAUGGCUGGUCCGAGCUCAACGAGGAGUUCGCCCCCAUAUUCAAGUCAGCUUGGGAGUCUGGCCAAGCCACAAUGAAGAAUGAUGACCAGCUCUUCAUCAACCGACAUGGCUUCUUGGAAGAAACCUUCUUCUCGUGGUCCAUCAUCCCGCUUCUUGGCGAAGAAGGCGAGGUCGUUGGCCUAUUCAACCCGAGUUUCGAAAACACCCGUCGGAGGAUCAACGAGCGCCGAAUGCUGACCUUGCGAGAAAUUGGAGAGCGGACGGCAUCAGCGGCCUCCGUCAAUGAGUUUUGGCCGCAGGUAAGAAAAGGCUUGGCGUUCAAUGAGUACGAUCUUCCCUUUAGCAUGAUCUAUUCCAUCAAAGACGAAGCCGAAAGUGAAGUGUCAUCGCUACAUUCUGGCAGCCUCACCCACUCUCCUCAGCUUAUUCUCGAGGGAUCUCCCGGUGUACCUGAGGGUCAUAUUGCGGCCCCGCCAACAUUGGACCUUCGUACAUCAGAAGAAGGGUUUGCGCCAUAUGUGCGGCAGUCGGUAGCAAGAGGGGGAGCACCGGUUGUGCUAUCCGAAGAAGACGGCACCUUGCCAAAACAUCUCAUAGAAGGAUUUGAGUGGCGGGGUUUCGGCGACCCUUGCAGGACAAUCGUCGUCUUUCCAGUCAUCCCUACAACCACUGGCGAAGCUGUGACGGGAUUUAUUGUGCUAGGUCUAAAUCCCCGGCGGCCGUACGAUGAUGACUACAACCUUUUCAUCCACCUCUUAUCACGGCAGUUGGCGACAUCCAUGGCCUCAGUUCUCUUGUUUGAGGAGGAAAUUCGACGCGGCCAGCGAGCUGCUCACUUGGCUGCUUUGGAUCGUCAGGAGCUCUCGGAACAGCUUUGGCAGCGUACGCAAGAAGCCGAAGAGCUGGAAACAAAAUUCACGCGCAUGGCCGAGUUCGCCCCGGUUGGAAUGUUCAUCGCCGACCCAAGUGGUCAUAUAAACUAUUGCAACGAUAUGUGGUGGCAGAUUUCUCGGCACUCUCGGUCUGACCAAAUAGGCACCGCCUGGAUGGACAGUGUACGAAUCGAAGACAGACCGGGGCUAGCGACUGCUUGGACAAGGCUUCUUGAACAGAAGGUGAUCAUCUCGGUGGAGUUUCGAUUCAACUGCAGUCAGCUAUGUGGAGAUCACACCGUUGACACCUGGGUUCUGAUGAGCGCAUUUCCAGAGAAGGAUGCCGAUGGCAACUUGACGUCCAUCUUUGGCUGUAUCACAGACAUUUCCUCUCAGAAAUGGGCUGAAAAGGUCCAAAACGAAAGGCGCGAGGAGGCUGUAGAGCUUAAGCGGCAACAGGAAAAUUUCAUUGACAUUACGAGCCAUGAAAUGAGAAAUCCCUUGUCGGCUAUCCUUCAGUGUGUUGAUCAAAUUGCCAAUAGCAUCGCCUCAUUCACGGCCCAUUCGGAUAAGUCAGAAGUAGACGCCCUUUUGGAGUCUUGUCUCGAUGCUGCCAACACCAUCAAUUUAUGCGCCAGCCACCAGAAGCGCAUCGUCGACGACAUCUUGACGCUGUCGAAACUCGACUCCAAUCUGCUGGCUGUUACUCCCGUUGAUGAACAGCCGAUAAAGGUCGUUCACCGUACUCUGAAGAUGUUCGAGUCAGAGCUGCUUGCCCACGAUAUAGACUUUGAGUUUCGCGUUGACAACAGCUUCGAGACAUAUGGAGUUACUUGGGCCAAGCUGGAUCCGUCAAGAUUGAGGCAAGUACUCAUCAACCUCCUGACCAACGCCAUCAAGUUUACCCAGGGCCGGGAGAAGCGUGCUAUUAUUGUAAGCAUGUGCGCCACCAAGGAUAUCUCGGAGAUUACGAGCCAGGGAACCUUUUACUUUGAGCGAAACGACGUGCAGCGGACAGUCGGCAUGGACAUCGACAAUGAAGAAGAAUGGGGCACUGGUGAGCGGUUCAACAUCCACUGUUCGGUGGAAGACACGGGCGCCGGCCUGGGUGAUGAAGAAAUGAAGGUCUUGUUCCAACGCUUCCAGCAGGCCUCUCCCCGGACGCAUGUACAGUACGGAGGCUCUGGCCUAGGACUGUUCAUCUCAAGGAUCUUGACCGAAAUGCAGGGCGGCCAGAUCGGAGUCUCAUCCCAGAAGGACACUGGGAGCAAAUUCAGUUUCUACAUCCAGAGCCGCAAAUGCUUGAACCCUCCAUCUCAGUACGAGCACAUUACGCCGUUCAAACUCGAGCGCAAGAUUCAAUCUCCAGCUACCAACGGACAGCCCGCGAGCGCCCCCGCGUCGCGAAACCAGUCGGAUGCAGGGCGCAACCCCCUCUUCGACGUGCUCAUUGUCGAAGACAACAUUGUUAACCAGAAAGUCUUACAGCGACAACUGCGCAACUAUGGCAAUAACACGUUCGUGGCCAAUCAUGGCAAGGAGGCGCUGCAGACGCUGCAGAAAUCGAGAUUCUGGGCAGGCAAAGAAGAAGAAGGCGUCGACAUUUCCGUCAUUUUGAUGGAUUUGGAGAUGCCUGUCAUGGACGGCAUGACUUGUGCAAGAAAGAUACGCGAGCUUGAGAAGGAAGGGACAAUUAUCAAGCAUAUCCCCAUUAUUGCGGUCACGGCGUACGCACGGCCUGAGCAAAUUGAAAAUGCAAAGGCUGCCGGAAUUGAUGAUGUUAUCUCCAAGCCAUUCCGCAUUCCCGAGCUACUCCCAAAAAUAGAGGAGCUAGUGGGCAAGUACCAGAGUCUUUCUGUGUCAGGAAAUGUAUAA